UAUUUAGGGUUUCAUUUCGAUCCCCGCAUCCCUCUUUUUCUCUAGUAUUAUCAUCCUCGUUUCUUUCUUUAUAGUUAUGCCGUCGAAGAGAUGGGAUUCAAGGCACCCAUAUCCAGGUUCGCAUCACCGGGACCGUUCGUCCGGUUCAAAACGGAAGGAACCGGAGAAACAACUAAAGUACCAGAAGAGUAACCAGGCAGAUAAUGACAGUGAGCUCUGCUUCAAAAAACUUUCAGAGUUCAACGAAUCGUUGCGCCGCAAACAACUGUUAACAUCCACCAAGUUCCAAUGGAACCAUCUUUUAUCCGAAAAUCUCGAGAAAGAACCGGCGGCGUGUAGUAAGCCCGAACCAACCAUGUCGAAUGAUAGAAAGGUGUCGCCUUCUUCGAUGAGUCGAUUGGGGAUUGAUUUAACGGAAGAAAAGCAGUUCUUUUUUUCAAGAUCACCACAUACGAAGGAAGAGAGUUUGUGUUUCGGCGAUUUUCGAUACCCAGAUGUGGGUGAAACAGAUGGCUUUGGUGGGUUUGGAGAAAUAUUUGAUUCUGAUUCUUCACCCGUUAUAUAUGAGAAGGCCAUGAAACGGAUGAGGAGAACUCAGGAAGUUAUUGAAUCAUCUUAUAGGAAGGUGGAAAGUGAAAUAACGAGAGCCAGUGCUAUUGAUUCUAUUGUAGAUAAAUUCGAUGGCUCAGGGGAAAUGAGUGAGCAAAAGAGGGAAAUUUUGCAUGGGGGAAGGCGUCUUCAUGAAGAAGAUUGUAGCCGUCGUGUUUUAACUCAACCUUAUGGUGAUUUUAGUGGAGAGCAAGUUCCUUUUCAUGGUGAAAAACAUGAGUUAUCAGAAGGUCAUGGUCAUGCUUUAAAUGAAACGCCUUCACAUGAUGAAACACAGCAAAUGCAAGAAGGUUUCAGAAUCGGUCAAGAGGAAGAAACUUAUAAUAUCGUAGCUGCUCAUGGUUAUUUUGCCCGAUUGAUCUUUCGGUAUGCUAGUUUCAACAAUUCUCGUUCUUUACAUUUCUUCUUAGCUGCUUAGCCCGUAGUAGGUAUCUGGUUCACUGCUUUAGGUAUUAGCACCAUGACUUUCAACCUAAAUGGUUUCAAUUUUAACCAAUUUGUAGUUGAUAGUCAAGGUCGUGUAAUUAAUACCGGGCUGAUAUUAUUAACCAUGCUAACUUUGGUAUGGAAGUUAUGCAUGAACUUAAGGCUCAUAACUUCCCUCUAGACCUAGC